UAUUAUGAUGUGGAGGUUAAGAAGAUUCAUGGCUUGUUGUUUAAACUUGGGUUGGAAUUGGAUGUUUUUGUUGGAAGUGCUUUGGUUAUUACUUACUUGAAAUUUGGAUUUGUGGUGGAUGCACAUGAGGUGUUUGAUGAAUUGCCUGUUAGAGAUGUUGUGCUUUGGAACUCAAUGGUUAAUGGGUAUGCGCAGAUUGGCCACUUUGAGGAGGCCUUGAGGGUGUUUAGGAGGAUGGUGGAAAAUGGGGUAGUUCCUUGUAGAUAUACAGUUACUGGUGUUUUGUCUAUAUAUUCUGUGAUAGGAGACUUUGACAAUGGAAGAGCUGUUCAUGGGUUUGUGAUAAAAAUGGGUUAUGAUUCUAGUGUUGUUGUUUCAAAUGCACUGAUUGAUAUGUAUGGGAAAUGCAAAUGUGCUAGUGAUGCCUUGAAUGUAUUUGAGAUUAUGGAUGAGAAGGAUAUAUUUUCAUGGAACUCAGUAAUAUCAGUUCAUCAACGGUGCAGUGAUCAUUAUGGAACUUUGAGGCUUUUUGAUAGGAUGCUAGGCAAUAGGGUUCAACCUGAUUUAGUUACAGUUACAACAGUACUUCCAGCUUGCACUCAUCUAGCAGCCUUGAUGCAUGGUAGAGAGAUACAUGGGUAUAUGAUUGUAAAUGGGUUGGGGAAGGAAGGAACAAAUAACGAGUUUGAUGAUGUUCUAUUGAACAAUGCAUUGAUGGACAUGUAUGCAAAAUGUGGAAAUAUGAGAGACGCUCACAUGGUUUUUGAUAACAUGACAGAGAAGGAUGUGGCCUCAUGGAACAUCAUGAUCACUGGUUUUGCAAUGCACGGUUAUGGUGACGAGGCAUUAGAUACGUUUUCUCGUAUGCGUCAAGCUCAAUUGGUACCAAAUGAAAUCAGUUUUGUUGGAUUGUUGUCUGCGUGCAACCAUGCUGGCAUGGUGAAGGAAGGGCUUGAGUUUCUAGCUGAAAUGGAUUCAAAAUAUGGUGUACCUCCAUCCAUUGAACACUACACAUGUGUGAUUGACAUGCUUUGUCGAGCAGGGAAGCUCAAGGAGGCUUACGAUUUAAUGCUAACGAUGCCAUUUAAGGGCGAUCCUGUCGGAUGGAGGGCUUUGCUAGCAGCAUGCCGAAUCCACAAGGAUACAGACUUGGCUGAGAUUGCAGCAAGUAAGGUGAUUGAACUUGAGCCAGGUCAUUGCGGAAAUUAUGUGUUGAUGUCAAAUGUUUAUGGAGUGGUUGGUCGAUACGAAGAAGUAUCUGAGGUGAGACACACAAUGAAGCAACACAAUGUGAAGAAGAGACCAGGUUGUAGCUGGAUUGAACUCAUGAAUGGUGUGCAUGUAUUUAUAACGGGCGAUAGGACACAUCCCCAAACUGACUUUAUCUAUGCUGGUUUAAAUUCAUUGACUGCAGUUCUGCAAGAGCAUGGAUAUGUCCGGUCAGUUUAGCAUUUUCCAAAGAACCAAAGAAAGCUUAGGCAUGCAGGUUUCAGAUAUGACAACAUUGGUUAGCCAUCUUGUAAAUUGCAAAAGUUUAGGAUAUAUUAAUGGUAGAGCAUUUAUUCAGAACAAGGAUUUUGGUUAACACAACCACUUACGUCCUCCCUACACUUAGGGAACCUUGUUUUUAUCUCUCAAAACAAUGAACAAUUGCCGAACUUAUGGCAACCAUUGAACUUGGGACUA